AUGGCGGCUGCCUGGGAUUGCUGCUCAACCGGCUGCUCCCUGGGCACUGCUCAGAGCCCAUCAGUGAAGGCUCUGAUCAGUGACUUCCAAGGCUCCCACACCAACUACAAGGCAGCUCAUGCCUUCUUCAUCAGCCAUGAGUUCCCCACAAGUGUGCAGCACUACGCCCCUGCUGUGCCCAUCCUGGCCCUGUACGUGGGGGCUGGCGCUGUGCUGGGGGUCCUGAGCCCUGUGCCUGUCACCCCCACCCACUGCCUUUGCCUUGCAGCCUGUCCUGAGCCUCUGGUUAAGGAGCUGAGGAAGUCACGGAUCACCAAGGCCAUCAGAACCCUCAAGGAGAUCAACCUGGCCUUCCUGCCCUAUGAGAGCCAGUUACUUGGAGCUUUGCCCCCCUCCAACAUAGCCAUCUGCUACCGGAAGGACUGUGAUGAUGAUAACUUUUACCUGGCACACGUUGUGCUGGCCAAACUCGAGGCGUUCAAGGUAUACGAGCCCAGCAUGGGAGACGGCCCCCACAAAGCCCACUCUCAGCUGCUGAUCGUGGACUGGAGCUUCGACCUGGUGUCCCCACUGCUGCACGAGCUCACCUACCAGGCCAUGGCCUGCGACCUGCUCAGCAUUGAGAACAACACCUACAAGUACGAGACGACAGGGACCAGCGACUUGCGGGAGAAGGAGGCGCUGCUGGAUGAAGACAGCGAACUCUGGGUGCAGCUACGCCACAUGCACAUCGCUGACAUCUCCAAGAAGGUGACGGAGCUGCUGCACGCCUUCUCGGAGAGCAAGAAGCUGAGCACGGACAAGGCCAACAUCGAGGACCUGUCCCAGAUGGUGAAGAAGAUGCCCCAGUACCAGAAAGAGCUGAGCAAGGUAACGGGGCUGGAGCUGUUAGUGGGCGGGGGGCAGGGCAUUCAGUGGGGUGAUGGGGGGGACCUGGGCCAUGGGGACGACGGGAAGCGGGGAGAAAUCAACGACCCCGUGAAAAUCAUCGUCCCCGUCCUGCUGAACCCCAGCGGAGGGAAGUGGAGACACACCCUGGACGGCCCCGGCCCGGUCCCUCUGCAGGAGGCGGGAUGGAGACAGCACACCCGAGGAGCCAGCCCCCUGCUCCGUUCUCGGCAGGAUGUGAGCAUGGAGACCCUCCGCAAACUGAUCCAGGAUGCCAGCAUCCAGCAGCAGGGCAACAUCAUCCGCAGCAUGGGGCUCCUGGGCACCUCCCUCACACCUGGGAGCAAGCAGCUGCAACCCGAGAGGAAGGUGCGGCUGGAGUCCACAUAUCCACUCUCCCGCUGGACCCCCAGGCUCAAGGACAUCAUGGAAGUGGUGUUGCGAUCAAAAAAGUUUUCUCGAGAUCAACUGGGCUUAGUGGAUCGGCAGUCCUUGGUCUAUACCUCCAUUGAGAGCAGCUGUUUGGACAUUCAAUCUGAGUACAACUCCUGCCAGCCCACAGCCUGCUUCGGAGCCAGUGCCUCACCCCCGCCUGGCAUUUCCCUCAGCGAGCCCCUGGUAUCCACACUGCCCCUCUCUCCCCCAGUGCCUGCUUCGGGCAGUGCCUACCCCUCCGCCUGGCAUUCCCUCAGCGAGCCCCUGGUAUCCACACUGCCCCUUUCUCCCCCCAGCGCCUGCUUUGGGCAUUGGCACAAGAGCAAGCCAGCGGCUGAAUACUGGACAGGCCCACGCCUCAUCAUCUACGUGCUGGGUGGGGUGUCCGUGUCUGAGAUGCGCUGCGCCUACGAAGUGACCCAGGCCAGCGAGGGCAAGUGGGAGGUGGUGAUCGGUUCCAGUCACAUCCUGACCCCCAAGCAUUUCCUGGAUGACGUCCAAACCCUCAACCAGCUGGCCCCCGAGGAGACCUAGAAGCAGCCCCCUCCUCCCAGAGACUCUGCCCCCCACAGCUUGCUGCCCCUAGCUCCACCUGCUUUUCUCAACAAGGCACCUUCCCCCCUACUCCUGGCUGCAGUGUCGGUUCUUG